CAUUCGCUGUAAACAUCAGCACACCGCAAGGACAAAGAACUCUACCCUGCGCUUUCUCCAGCGAUAAAAAAAGUCAUUUCUGGUCUUUGCAGUAGCAGCCUGAGCUCGACUUGUUUGUCUUGUUUGAAGUUUUGUCAGCUAAAUUUUUAAUAUUCAGCAUGAGUUUCGUGGAAGUGAAGAAUCUCGAGCCCACAACUUUUGAGGAGCGUUACUAUGAUGAAUAUGAAUACUACAAUCUGAGUGACCGUUAUACAGGGGGCGCCAGUCGCAAAGGCCGAUCCAAGAAGGAGGCGAGUGAGAACACCAACCGUCAGAACCCCGCGGGCCACGAGCGCAAGAUCACCGAGAAGCUGCAAAACGCGGAGAAAAACGCCAAGCAGUGAAGUGCGAGAAGCAACUGGACGGCUAACUCUGGUAUCUGACCACGGCCUUGGCCUCUGAGAGGGACAAUCUCCAUGGCGACCAGGGCGGCGCUGUGUGUGUGACCUGGUGCUCUUGCCCACGCUGAGCAGCGUUUGUGGCACGGCUACCCAGCGUGCCCUGUGAGCGAGGGGCAUCUCUCAGACCCCUGGCGUCAGGCACGGGCGCUUGUGGUGGGCGGCGGCUUCAUUCAUGUGUUUGCUUUAAGAAUGUUCUGGAAUCUGAGGGGGUGAAAUGGCUGAUGGGAAAUGUAAAGAAAGUUUUUUACACACAUUAGUGUCGAAAUAAAGAUGUUUUUCACACACAUUAGUGUCUAAAUAAAGAUGUUUUUACACACAUUAGUGUCGAAAGAUGUUUUUACACACAUUAUUGUCUAAAUAAAGAUGUUUUCACACACAUUAGUGUCUAAAUAAAGAUGUUUUUCACACGA